AUGCCGGAGCUCCGCAGCGGAGUGCGCAGGGGCCGCGCACAGCCGAAUCCGAUAGUCCAGGCCGAGAAGCCGGUCGCCGGCAGGAGGAGGAGGGCGGCUAGGAACAAGCAGCAGGCGGUGGGUGGCGAUGAGAACGUGGUGACGAGGUCGGCCGAGCGGAAGGAGGAGAUCAGGUUUCUUGAGGGCGGAGGGGAGAUCGGGGAGAGGAGGAUGGAUGAGUUUGACAGUGGCGGGAGGAGCGCUGAUAAGCUUCCAGGCGGGGAGGAUGAGGGGAGCACCGCGCCGGUCCCAGAAAAGGUUCAGAUUGGCAAUUCACCAGUCUAUAAAAUUGAAAGGAAGCUCGGAAAAGGAGGCUUUGGACAAGUAUAUGUUGGUCGCCGUAUUUCUGCUACCAAUGCAAAUGAUCUGACUACUGGUCCUCAUGCUGUAGAGGUGGCAUUGAAAUUUGAGCAUCGGAGCAGCAAAGGAUGUAAUUAUGGUCCCCCUUAUGAGUGGAAGGUCUACGACACUCUGGGUGGCAUUCAUGGUGUGCCACGAGUCCAUUACAAAGGUCGCCAAGGUGACUAUUAUGUCAUGGUUAUGGAUAUGCUGGGUCCAAGUUUAUGGGAUGUUUGGAAUAAUAAUUCUCACACAAUGUCCAUUGAAAUGGUUGCAUGUAUUGCUAUUGAAGCAAUCUCCAUACUGGAGAAGAUGCACUCCAGAGGUUUUGUGCAUGGAGAUGUGAAGCCUGAGAAUUUUUUACUUGGCCCUCCUGGAACUCCUGAAGAGAAGAAACUUUUUCUUGUUGAUCUUGGAUUAGCCACUAGAUGGAAGGACACUGCUACAGGUCAGCAUGUUGAGUAUGACCAAAGACCAGAUGUUUUCAGGGGAACGGUGCGCUAUGCUAGUGUGCAUGCUCACCUGGGAAGAACUGGAAGCAGGAGAGAUGAUUUAGAAUCCCUUGCUUACACUCUCAUUUUUCUCCUUCGUGGCCGUCUACCUUGGCAGGGAUACCAGGGUGAGAACAAGGGCUUCCUUGUUUGCAAGAAAAAGAUGGCUACCUCUCCAGAGUCUCUGUGUUGUUUUUGCCCACAACCAUUUAGACAAUUCGUUGACUAUGUUGUCAACUUAAAAUUUGAUGAAGAACCUAAUUAUGCAAAGUGCAUCUCCUUUUUUGAUGGCGUAGUGGGUCCAAAUCCAGAUAUUAGGCCAAUCAACACCGAUGGUGCUCAGAAGCUUAUAUACCAGGUUGGUCAAAAAAGAGGCAGGCUGAUGAUGGAAGAUGAGGAUGAAGAGCAACCGAAGAAGAAGGUCCGAAUGGGGAUGCCUGCAACACAAUGGAUUAGUGUCUACAAUGCCAGGCGUCCUAUGAAGCAAAGGUAUCACUACAAUGUUGCAGAUGCAAGGCUUGGACAACAUAUUGAGAAAGGAAAUGAAGAUGGAUUAUUCAUCAGCUCAGUUGCUUCUUCCACAAAUCUGUGGGCCCUAAUUAUGGAUGCUGGCACUGGCUAUAAUGCUCAAGUUUAUGAACUCUCACCAUGUUUUCUGCACAAAGAAUGGAUAAUGGAACAAUGGGAGAAAAAUUAUUAUAUUAGUGCACUGGCAGGAGCAAAUAAUGGAAGUUCUUUGGUUGUGAUGUCUAAAGGCACACAAUAUGCGCAACAGUCCUACAAAGUUAGCGAUUCAUUUCCAUUUAAGUGGAUAAACAAAAAAUGGAAGGAGGGGUUCUAUGUCACUGCCAUGGCCACUGCAGGUAGCAGGUGGGCGGUUGUCAUGUCUCGAAAUGCUGGAUUUUCAGAUCAGGUCGUUGAGCUUGAUUUCUUGUACCCCAGUGAAGGUAUUCAUCGGAGGUGGGAUAGCGGUUACCGUAUAACUUCAGCUGCUGCAACAUGGGACCAGGUGGCUCUUGUUCUGAGUGUACCCAGACGGAAGCCUGCAGAUGAAACACAAGAGACGCUUAGAACCUCUGCAUUUCCAAGUCAACAUGUGAAGGAAAAAUGGGCAAAAAAUCUCUAUAUUGCAUCUGUAUGCUAUGGCAGAACAGUAUCAUGAAGAUCCAUUUCCUGAUCCUGGUGAUGGAGAAUUUGCUUGCUUAUGCAACAGCAAUCGCAUACAUUUUCUUGUCUGGGAGAUGACUGCCUUUGGGCUAAUAGAAAUUUUGUUUUGCAAACUUUCCUUUAUCAUAGCCCAUCGCACAUGUCAGCUACAACUAACAAGUGGUGCAGUAUAACUUUUGAAUUCUGGGGAUGCCCUUGUAUGACCUAUUAAAAAAAUGCAUCACAGGCAUCUUUAUUUAAUGUAAUGUUUGUAUAGUGAAUAAACUUUGGUGGCAAAUGUAUGGAUCUAAAAGUUGAUGAUUUAGGAAGUCACUGCCAAUUUGAUAUGACAUUCAUUUCAUCAGUGGGACAGGUACCCUUUUUUCCUA